GCGUGACAAAUUCAAAAGAUCAUAAUCGCUGAUAUUGUGUCAAUAGCAACACUAUAGGGAGCCGUGUUGUUAUUAUCAGGCACAAAAGAGAUCAAAUGGAGCUUGACUUGCAAAUUUUAAUGCACCUGUAUGAGCUCCACAAGCAGCACCAGGACAACCUGGAGGACAUCACGGGCCGGUUUGAUGGCAACAAGAUGACCCUCUCGGAGAAGGUGGAGACCUUGCGCAGCGAGUGUGACCGCCUGCGUGAUCGCGCCAAACACUGCGAAGAGGCCCUCCAGAGGGACUCUGACUUCAAAGUACAGUGCGCACUGGCCCCCUACCGCAGUCUGCCGCAGGAGAUAGAGAGUCUAAAGACUGUCCUGGAAAUGAAGAACGAGGAAAUCAACAAGCUACGCACCCACAAUAUUGAGCUGCAGAAGAAACUUGAGGAGCUGCCCGUUGCUAGGGAACAGAUCAUCAGUCUGCGGCAGAAGAAGGAGAACUUGGAGGCCAUUAUUAGCAUGAAGACAGACCAUGAGAAAGUCCUUCAUGAGCGAUGCCCGAGUUUGAUGAAGAAGUACGACAAGGAAUCGCGAGCAAACAAGCGCCUGUCCAUGGAUUACGAGGAGCUGAUGUGGAAACUGUCCGAGUCAUUCACCGACCCUGACCUGGGAACCCUGGAGUUGUACCAGAAAAUGGGAAUGUCCCCCAACGGUGAUCUAACUUCACCCGGCCUUGGCAGAAAGUUGAGAACGCCGUCUAGUUCGGAAAGCAGUCCCUCCAAAAGUCCUGCCACCAGAAGGACUUUGUCCUUGAGUGCUGACGAUCGGGAUGAGAAAAAAAUGAAGAGACGUUCUGGAAAUUAUUUAAUAGACGAAAUGAAGCACAGGGCCACUAGUCCUCUUGCAAAGCAAAGUGUGUAAAACCCACUCACGAAGUCGUGGUCACCAGGUAGUGGUUCUCUGUCAAGUUCGCCAACGCGCUCGAAUGGUCAUAAUGGCACUGCCAUGUCCCAGUCCUGGUGUGUUGAA